AUACUGAGGCCUAAUUUCGUCUCAACUGUGCUUCAAAACUCAAAUACUCCAAUUGUAUUUUGGACGUACACAAAGAUAAUAAAUCACCCCCAGCCUUUUUGUUUGUUUAACCCUUAUAAAGUUAACUGUUUACAGUUCACAAUUUCACUGAAAGUUGCAGACGCCUUCGGAAGGUACAGGAACAACCAUUAUGGAAACAUUUGCAAGACUUGACGAAGAAAGCGGAUUUCAUCUGCUAUUGACGACAUCAAAAGAAAUCGUAGACCGCAUGAAGACGUUCAAAGUCAGAGAUGAUGAUGUAUGGGUCAUAACGUAUCCAAAAUCAGGUACAACGUGGAUGCAAGAGAUUGUUUCUGCAGUUUGUGCCGAUGGAGAUCUAGAAACAAUCAACAAAACAUCUUUGACUGAACGUGUUCCGUUCAUCGACUGCGUCUUUCCAUUUGACAAAAGACCACCGUACAUAGACCUCGAAGAAAUGACAUCUCGUAGGCUCAUCAAAACUCAUUUUCCGCAUCAACUUAUCCCUCCUGGUGUCCUGAAACAGACUCCAAAGGUUAUUUACGUCGCACGCAAUCCAAAAGACGUCAUUGUAUCCUGUUUUUAUUUCUUCAACGGGUUUAUCUCGGAACCGAAACUCAAGUGGGAUGAAUUUUUCCAACUAUUUAUUAAAGACGAAGUUCCUUAUGGGUCAUGGUUCAACCACAAUCUCUACUGGUGGAAUAGGCGACACGAAGCACACGUGUUGUUCGUAACUUACGAAGAUAUGAAAAAGGACUUGUCAAACAUUGUUCACCAAGUGAGUGAAUUCUUGGGGCAUGUCCUGAAUGAAGAAACAGUCGCUCGUAUUGUAGAUCAUUGCUCAUUCAGCAGUAUGAAGAAAAACCCGAAAGUAAAUAAAUCGGAAGAUGUCAUGUUAGAUUCAGCUGAUAGUUCUGGCAAAAAUAUUCAGUUCAUGAGAAAAGGGAUUGUUGGAGAAUGGAAGACUCACUUUACAGUAGCUCAAUGUGAGCAAUUGGAUAAACUCUAUAAAAAGAGGUUACAGGGGACAGACUUAACUUUAGAUGUAUUCUUUUAAAAUAUUAUCAGCGUAGUGAAGUCUGAACACUAACACAAAAUAAUUGUAAGAGGGCGCUCCAACUUUUUAGUCAGAGCCAUGAUUUAAAUUUACAGACGCCAUAGAUAUCAAUGACAAACAUAUAUUUUGUCAUCUUUUCUAUAAUUAUCAUUGUGCAGUGCAGGUCUCUGAAUUGAAAAGAAUACUUCUGGGACCGAGGUUUCCAUGGUCUCUAGAAAGUUUGGUCUCUAAUUAUAAUAAUAAAGAUAAAAGAAAUUUGUUAAUAUUUAAUUUGAGAUCACAGAAAAGUGCUCUUUAGGAGGUGUUCUUUAGAAUUAGAGGGAGACAUGUAUGUUUCGAUGGAGAAUGAGUUCUAAUACAGUACGGUAGUUAUGUUGAAAAGGCUAAGCCUGAUUAGUUGUGCUGUUUUAUACAAUUGUAUUUUUGAUCUAAAAAAAAGUAAUGACAUAUUUAGAUCUAAUAAGAAGUGUGACAAAACGAAUAGCUACUCAAUUAAUACACAUUAUAUAUAUAUCGUAACAAUGUAUUUACAGUAAUUGUGUUUGUUAAUUAAAAUAAUUUGUACAUGUAGGCCCAUGUAGAAAUAAAUUAUAACUUUUCUAUCAUUAAUUACAAUUUAUUGUGUUAUAAUCAGAAUACAAGUACAAUUUUGAAAAACAAAAAAUACCACAUGGAAAUAGAAAUCAACGUAAAUUCGUCUUAAGUCCAUUUUUUUGCUUAAGUCAGAUUUAUUAAUAUUACUUAGCUUAAAAAUUGCUUAAAAUUAAAAAGUCAAUUGUAUUGCAUGCGCCAUCUAAGACCAUUUUUAAGCUAAGAUUUUGCUAAGAUGGUUUGAUAAAUCAGCUUAAGAUAUUUGCUUAGGGCCAUCUUAAUUUUUUUGACUUAAGACAUUUACUAAGCUGAGAUUGAUAAAUCCCGGGCCUGAAUCUCGACCAGCCACUUACAAAGCUCUUGUUUUAUACGGAUAGCAUCAGGCCUAAAUACAACUCAACAUCUAGCUGCUGGUGUCU